AUGCAGGCAAACCAUUCCGUCAGUUACCUUUACGAAUCAAGUACUUCAAAGAGGUCAAAUGGGCUCUUUUCUCAAACACAAAAGCAAGGAAGUUUUCAAAAAGCUUUAAGUCAAACUCAGGAAGAAAUAGAAGAUGAAGACCUGAUGGUAGACCUCAACACAGGAUCUUUAACUCCCGUUAAGUUAAAAUAUUGGACUCAAAUGAGUGCUAUGACGGAAAAAUUUGGUAAACUGUGA